CCCCCCCCCCCCGUCGCCGCCGGCGCCGCCCUCCGCCGUCACGUGCCGGGGGCGCGCACAGGGUGCACGAUGGUGGCGGCCGCGGCGGGGCCCGGCGACGGCGGCGGCGGCGGCAGCAGCAGCGGGUAGAAAAUGGCGGAUUUCGAGGAGCUGCGGAAUAUGGUAUCAAGUUUUCGUGUUUCUGAACUACAAGUGUUGUUGGGCUUUGCUGGACGUAAUAAAAGCGGGCGGAAGCAUGACCUCCUGAUGAGGGCACUGCACUUACUGAAGAGUGGCUGCAGCCCGGCAGUUCAGAUAAAAAUCCGAGAACUCUAUAGGCGUCGGUACCCAAGGACAAUUGAAGGACUUUCGGACUUGUCGGCCAUAAAACCUGCAGUUUUCAAUUUGGACAGUAGUUCCUCUCCUGUAGAGCCUGACUUAGCUGUUGCUGGAAUUCACCCGCUCCCAUCUACAUCGGUCACGCCUCAGUCUCCCUCGUCUCCUGUCAGUUCAGUGCUCCUCCAAGACACUAAGCCGCACUUUGAGAUGCAGCAGCCAUCCCCUCCGAUUCCACCUGUUCAUCCUGAUGUUCAACUGAAAAGCCUACCUUUUUACGAUGUGCUUGAUGUGCUUAUCAAACCUACAAGCCUAGUACAGAGCAGUAUUCAGAGGUUCCAAGAGAAGUUUUUUAUCUUUGCUUUAACACCUCAGCAGGUCAGAGAAAUCUGUAUUUCCAGGGACUUCUUGCCAGGAGGCAGGAGAGAUUACACGGUCCAAGUUCAGCUAAGGUUAUGCCUAGCAGAGACAAGCUGCCCUCAAGAAGAUAAUUACCCUAAUAGUUUGUGUAUUAAAGUAAAUGGGAAGCUGUUUCCAUUGCCGCCUGUUGGUUUGGUCACAGUUUGCAUCCCUCUGGUGGCUCCUUCUUUUGCAGGAAAUGGAUAUGCUCCACCGCCAAAAAAUGGAAUUGAACAGAAGCGGCCUGGGCGCCCCUUGAACAUAACAUCUCUAGUUAGGUUGUCAUCCGCGGUGCCAAACCAGAUUUCCAUUUCCUGGGCUUCUGAAAUUGGAAAGAAUUACUCCAUGUCUGUGUAUCUCGUUCGUCAGCUUACUUCAGCUAUGCUUUUGCAGAGGUUGAAAAUGAAAGGUAUCAGAAACCCCGAUCAUUCCAGAGCACUAAUUAAAGAAAAACUAACUGCAGAUCCUGACAGUGAGAUUGCCACAACCAGUCUGCGGGUGUCUCUGAUGUGUCCUCUGGGAAAAAUGAGACUGACAAUCCCAUGCCGAGCUGUUACUUGCACGCACCUGCAAUGUUUUGAUGCUGCUCUUUAUCUUCAAAUGAAUGAAAAGAAGCCUACCUGGAUUUGUCCUGUCUGUGACAAAAAGGCAGCUUAUGAGAGCCUAAUAUUAGAUGGGCUCUUUAUGGAAAUCUUAAAUGAAUGUUCAGAUGUGGAUGAGAUUAAAUUCCAAGAAGAUGGUACCUGGUGUCCUAUGAGGCCUAAGAAAGAAGCUGUGAAAGUCUCCAGUCCACAGUGCACCAAAAUAGAAAGUUCCAGUGUUGUUAGCAAACCAUGUGCUGUGACAGUGGCCAAUGAAGUAAACAAGAAGAAAGUUGAUGUUAUUGACUUGACAAUAGAAAGCUCCUCUGAUGAAGAGGAAGAUCCUCCUGCCAAAAGGAAGUGCAUAUUUAUGUCUGAAACACAAGGAAGCCCAACCAAAGGGGUUCUCAUGUAUCAGCCAUCUACUGUAAGAGUGCCCAGUGUGACAACGGUUGAUGCUGCUGCUAUUCCUCCUUCAUUAACAGACUACCCAGUACCAUUCCAUCAUCCACCAAUAUCCAGUAUUUCAUCGGACUUACCAGGUCUGGAUUUUCUUUCACUAAUCCCAGUUGAUUCACAGCAGUACUGUCCUCCUAUGUUUUUGGAUAGUCUCACCUCAACCUUAACAAGCAGCACGCCUGGCACCAUCAUCACAUCAACCAGUCACCACGAGAGCAGCACUCACGUUAGCUCCUCGAGCAGGAGCGAGACUGGAGUUAUAACCAGCAGCGGAGGCAGCGCUCCUGACAUCAUCUCACUGGACUGAAACAAGGGGUAGCACGGGACUCCAGGAGAAACAGCACAGAGCUGCUUGUUGUGUCUCUGGAACUGCAGUGUCUUGGAAGUUAUUCCGAUAUUUAUUGAAAAGAUUUGCCUUCUGGAAAAUGGAGUAAAUUCAUCUACACUAGGAACAGAAUUGAUUAGAAUUUUUUUUUUCUUGCUCAUUAAAUAGCUGGUAGAGAAAAGGCCCCUUCAGAACCUGCUUUUACCCUUGUGGCUUGUUCUGGGGAAACUGACUUUUUGUUGCUGGAUGGAGUCCAAAAAUGGUUUUUAAUUUUGUUGUCAAAACAGCAAUAAUGUAAAAACAAAAAAAAUUUUUUUAAGAAAGGCACUUAACUACUCUAGAACAACCUGGACAAAGGUGCAGAAGUGUAUGCAUUGGUGAAUUUUUAAUACUUUCAGCUGGGGCCUGUAAUAAACUUCAUUUAAGACAAUGCAGCUUUGUGAAAUAGCCAUGACUUGUGUUUUAUACUUCUCUUGCUCCCUUCUUCCUCCUGACCUGGAAGGUAUGGGAAGCCUCUGUAAAUGUGUUGGCUUUUUUCCUCAUUUCAUGUUCACAAAUGCAACAAAAUCCUAAACUGACUUCUUCCUCUUAAUGUUCUUUGGGCUGGGAAGGGGACAAAAUAUCUAUGCAAACCCUGCAUCAUGCAAACUGUGUGCUGUCACUCUAGAACUAUGACACACUUCCCCCCCUCAAAAACCCAUAAUCCUACAACCAGCUGAACAACUGCACCACUGAGCUGUAGUUGACUCUGGGGCCUGACCACUUUAAGAGGUGGUAAGAAAGAACUAUUUGGAUUAUAGAAUCCUUGUUGGUCCUUACUGUAAAUGCCAGCCCACAUCAGAUGAUAAACUGAAGUGCUCUCUGUAAGGAGAAAAAGUCUCCCUCAUACUUUAUCCAGUGCAGGAUUGUUUUCUAGGAUGUUUUGCCCAUGGCUUCUGUCACUUCAGUAACUGCUGUGUCCUGGUUGGGAAUACUGUAGUUUGGCUUGCCAUAGUGGAGACUUGUCUUUCUGGAAGACAAAUGCUAUAGGUGCAUGUUCGUCCCACCUAACUAGAACUACACGUUUAGGGUUUAGCACCACAUUGUCCUGUCUAAUCAUAGCUUUCCUGAUCAGACUGAAAUAACUUCCUCCAAUUUUAAUACUUUGAAUCUGCUGCUUUGUUCUGUGUAUGCAGUGUUCCCCCACACAUGCAUGCACACAUUUCUAGGGAUAACCUCCUCAGUGCUGUACAUGGAAGAGGUUAUAGACCAGGAAAAUCAAAUCAUUUCCAUAGAGCUGGAAUAAUGGUAUUGUCUAUAUAUGUUGACAUAGCAACUUUUCCAAGUGUUGUGUUUCUGUUGAGUAACUGUAUUUGAAAUUACUCUUUCCCUAGUUACCAGCUUUCAGUUUUCUCCAAUCUUGUGUUUCUUUUUUUUCUUUCUUUAGUCUGAGAUGUCUGGUGCUUUUUGCCUUCUGUUACUGUUACAGUAUUUGAACUAAGUACAUGGAUAAGAAAUAUUGAAGCAGGAUGUAUUGUAACUUUUGUCUGUACUCCCAUCCUGAAUGCUGCAUUACUGUUCCUCAUUGCCUUUUUUUUGUAUGAUCUUUCACACCAGUCUUCAAUUCACAUGUUGGUCUUAAUAUUGCACUUACCCUUUGUUCUCCUUCCCUCAUCUGUUACUUUUUUUUCCUGUUAAAAGGAUCAGUUUUUUAGCAUGAUUUAUUUUUAAUAAAGCCAUGCUACUCAUGAGGUUUUCUGCCUAAUGGCCUGCAGCUGAUCAGUGCUUUCUGCAUCACAAUUGUACAGUCACUUGAACAGUAAGAGUGCUGAGAGGUUCAAAAGCCAUUCUAAAUAAAGUGUUUAAAACUGG